UGCCCACUCCGGGGGGGACGUUCCUUGCCGCGGCUGCCGCGGCCACCGCUUCUUUCACACUUUAGUUGGGAGCCGCGCGCCGCGCUCAGUUACUGGCGAGCUGGCCGCGCGCCGCCGCCUCCCGCCUGCACGCACGCGGGCCCGGCUUCGGGGUUUUCGGCUUUUACUCCCCGCCGCGGGGAGGAGGGGGAGCCCCGGACACACGGUGGUUACGAGGAGGAAGAGGAGGAGGCGGGAGGAAGAAACCAGGCGCGGAGAAAAGGGGCGGGGGGCGGGAGGCUGGCCACCUUCAGCCCCCCCCCGCGAGCGCCCAAGGUGCGCGCAUCUUGACCGACUCAGCAGGAAGGUUGAUUUUCUUCGUGUUUAAAGAAGAGAAAAAUGUCCCUGUGUCUGUAGAGAUGAUUUGCAGUUCAGCCCGGCUGAAGCUGAGCGAAUGAGACUAUGGGCUGUGCCUCCGCCAAGCAUGUUGCCACUGUUCAAAAUGAAGAGGAAGCCCAGAAGGGGAAAAACUACCAGAACGGAGAUGUGUUUGGCGAUGAGUAUAGGAUCAAACCGGUGGAAGAGGUCAAAUACAUGAAAAAUGGGGCAGAAGAAGAGCAGAAAAUAGCAGCCAGGAACCAAGAAAACUUGGAAAAAAGUGCCAGUUCAAAUGCAAGACUUAAAACCAAUAAAGAGAUUCCAGGAUUAGUUCAUCAACCCAGAGCAAACAUGCACAUCUCUGAGAGCCAACAGGAAUUCUUCAGAAUGCUGGAUGAAAAAAUCGAAAAGGGUCGAGAUUACUGUUCGGAAGAAGAGGAUAUCACAUAGCACCAACCUAACACUCAAACCAGGAGCUACUACUGUGUAAAUAGGUGACACCCCAGUUGAAAUCUUUGCAAAGGUCGGUCCUCUCCAAGGAACAGCACUAUAGCAAGAGAAGAUCGUUCCAUAUCGUAUGCCCCAUUAAAUUACAGUGUUUAAUUUACUUGCAGAGGAACUUGCAGAGGAAUAUUGCUAAAAACAAACAAACAAAAAAAAACUGUUAUCGAACUCUCUUUGUUGCUGCUAGGUAAAACUUGUUGCAACUUCUCACUCCUCUUGUGUCCAGGUAUGCAGCAAAAUUCUGCGACUUUACCCGAAAGAUACUGUUGGUUUUCCAGAGGCCCUCCAACCUAUUUUCUAUAAGAUGAGGUAGUGGUGAACUCAGAUAUCAAACUUCUAUUCUAGACCGGUCCGCUUCUCAGCAUCUCCUUCCCUCCCUCCCUCCUCCCUGCCUCUCCCGAGAGGUCCAGAGCCUUGCUUCUCACAGGCGAGGUUGCGCUUGGGGGAUGGGAUGGUUGCUAUGGCAAGCCUUGUCUUCUCUACUAAGAAGAAGUAGAGAGACUCUUACCGAUUUAAAGCUUGUGGUGACCUGACUCCUGGGAAUGACCCAGGAGCGAGCAGCAGGUUGUUUCACUUACUAGGUAUCUACUCAAGGAUUAAGCUUGCGACAUUGGCUUUGCUCAGAUGCAGACGGAAGUGUGAUCACAAUCAUUUUGAAUCCCUCUUCCCCACUUUUUUUUUCUAAGAAAAUAAACAUUUUACUGUUUUUAUGUAUCCUUGUCUUCUCCCAUUCAUCCAGUUCAGUGCUUUCCUUUGAUCCUGGGUGUGGAAGAUGAGCCCUCCUUUGCAAUGACAGCGAUAAUGGCUCUCUACCCUCCCAUUAAUAUUCUACCGAGCAUUAGCUGGGCAGCAAGUGGUCCCAGGACAUGAGGGGACAUCCCACGGCUUCUUAGGAGGACCCGAAACCACCCCGUUAGCUUCAUUUUUGUUAGCGAACCAACCAUCCUGUUUCCUCAUUCUCUCCCUUCAGUGGCCGAGGAGCCCUGUCACUUCCGUGUCCUCUCCCUUGCAGCCCUGCCUCGCACAGUGAGGAACGUUCGCCCAGCUGAGAACGGGGCGCGCGCGCACUCUGGUGACGAUGUUUGGAGAUGCGAGACCUGAAGCCCCAGGGCAGGCCUGGGGACUGGUAACUGUGGGUUUGGUAGAGUUUAUUUUUCCAUAUUUUAUGAAGAGAAUGAUCUCUUCCCAAAGACAGAAGUAAUAUUUUUAACAAAUGUUGUCACAAGUCAACAGCCAUCAAAAGGAGAAAAUAACUUUUGUAUUUUUUUAACGCGUUUGAUAGCUUCGACGAGGGUUGUCUUUGUUACUUCCUGGGGAGGGCGCCCUGUCCAGUGCUGCGCCAGCCGUCCAGCUGUGGGCUCGUCCCCCAAAAACGCAGGAGAAGCCCCACCUGGUUCUCUCUCGGGGGGGUCGUGAGUGUGCCCGGCCUCGCCAUCGGCCGCACAGCCACCCUCUGGCGUGGCGUGGUUGGUAUAUGCCGGGUAGUCAAGAGAUCACCUGCCACAGAAUAGAAUAAGAAGCUAAAUUGGUUCUUGCUGAGAAGAUGAGCCCGGACUUUAAAAUCUAGCCAUGUAACUGACGUCACCAUUGAUGAGCUAAUGGUGAGACUCCUCACCUCCUGUUAGACCCAGGGCGCAAAAGGGGAAGGACGGAAACUCAGUCAAGAGCUAUAGAAAAUGGACUCAAAUGUUAGCAACAAAAGCCCUUCAUUCUUCCAGCCAGCAGCAGCUAUUUUGGGGAGCAGCUGUGGUUGUUACAUAAAUAGAGAAGCAGCCAAAAUUUAAGGCUUUUUAUCCUGCUUCAAGCAGAAAAAUGCAGGGAGAGUCGAGUCGCCUAGGGUUUGAAGCUCCCUCCCGUUGUUUGGUUUUGGCCAAGUAACUAAAAUAGUUUUCCUCAACUGUAAACGAACUGCGGAGCCCCACCUCAGACGUGUCCACUGAGGACUUUGUUCACUGCUAUGCGGAUGCCCUUGUCCCUGGGAUUUCUUGUUCUCAUGAAGCAAAUGCUGUCUUCCACGUGACCCCUCCACCGUCUCAAGUAGUGUCUUCCCAGAAAAUCACCGCCUUCUGCCCGAAGAUGAAAUGUGCUCAUAUCAUUUUCCUUACAGUCAUGUUUAAUGUUUGGACAUGACACACGUGUACACAACACCACGUGUUUCUUGGGAACCGGACUUUUGAGUGUCUCGUAAAACCAGAAACUGGUUCCCGUGAAACAGUGACUUUUCACCUGGAGUCCCGGUUCCAGUUCCAACACUGGAAACCUCUUUGAAGUCCAAAAGUGAUUUAUCUGCAGACGUAUUUGGUACAUCUAGAAACAGAUCUGAGGACUUGGGCGGUUGAGCAGGUUGGCAUGAAAUGCUUGAUGAUGUGAGAGCAACACUCAAAACUGUCUGUUUUCCAUUUGUUGGUUUUUAAUCAUAAAAUUAUCAAGUGAUUUGUGUUUGUACAUUAUUUGUUAUGCCUUCUGAAAGGGUCUAAAGCAAAACUGUUUUGACUUUUUUUCCCCUGCGUAUCUGAACGGUAAGCAGAUUGGCUCAGAUACAAUGAAAAGAAUAAUCCAGAAGCUUCUACUGGCUGUGAUCUCUGAU